AUGCGUAAAGAAGAGGUACAAGAAAUUUUCCUACAAAUCCUGAAAGAAGAAGAAGAUGUUUCUGCCGGAGUAGCUGCAAUUCGAACUCUUCUGACAGUUAUAGAAAAUUAUAAAGUGGCUACAGUUAGAGAGUUGGAUCUGAACUUGCAACUUGCAGUGGAUGCAAUGCGACAUUGUGAUCAGCCUGUCACAGCCAUAUCAUCAAGUUGUGAACUCUUCAUGAGAUUUAUCACAUUUGCAAAAUUGGACGUAAAGUCAUUUGAAGAAUGUGAACAAAUUAUGUUGCAAAGGGGACAUAUAUUUUUGGAGACAUUACUUGAAGCAAGAGGAAAGAUUGCCAAGCAAGCUUUACCUUUUAUUAAUGAUGGUUGUAAAAUUUUAACGCAUUCCAGAUCAAGAGUAGUACUGCAAGCAAUGCUGGAAGCAGCCAAAGCAAAUAAAAGGUUUCAUGUUUAUGUCACAAUGUCAGGCCCAGACAAUACGGGAGUGCUCAUGCACAAGCAACUGUUGGCCGGCGGGGUGGACGCAACCCUGAUAUUGGACGCAGCGAUCGGCUACAUAAUGGAGCAGGUGGACAUUGUGAUGCUCGGCGCCGAGGGGGUCACGGAGAGCGGCGGCAUCAUUAACAAGAUCGGGACAUACGGCCUAGCGAUGUCCGCGUUGGAACUCAAGAAGCCUGUGCACGUGCUGACGGAGAGCUUCAAGUUCUCGAGAAUAUAUCCACUGAACCAGCAAGAUUUGCCCAACGAGUUCAAAUACUUAUCCGGCGUGCUGAAAAGCGGGAGGGAUCUAUCCGAGGAGCAUCCACUCGUCGACUACACCCCCCCGGCGUAUAUCACGUUGCUCUUCACCGACCUUGGCAUCCUCACGCCGUCUGCAGUGAGCGACGAAUUAAUAAAACUGUAUUUA